AUGUUCGGUCUCAUCAUUUCCGGCCGUCCAGUCGACGCAACCCCCCAAGCCGUGACCGAAGCCCAAUUCGCAUUCAAAGUCCCACCGAGUCCAACCUUCAACCACAUCGUCGUCUUCCUCCUGCCUGGGACCCAACUUCCACCGGGGACCGCCGCAACCGUCUACGUGCAAAUCCCGCCCUCCCAAGAAUUCAAACUCCUCGGCGCAAUUGGCCCGGGGAAAGAAAGCGCCAUCUUCAAAGUCAGCGGCCUCAAAUCCGGCGCCGCCGAUCCCGAUGGAGACGUCAUGGUCGACGACAUCUCCUCUUCCUCAUCCAUGACAAAUCCAUCAUCAUCGGCCGCAGGAGAUAUCGUCGUCGGGGUAUCCAUCGAACCUGUGGCAAACGUCGAGGCCCAACUCGCGACCCUAAAAGCAACACAGACCAAUCCUCCAUCUUCGGCAUUGGUCCGGACGAAUCCUCCGUCUUCCGUCAAUGAUGCGCGGGUGACGACGAAAGUCCUGGCGCAGAGAAUUAUCGGAAACGCAUUUAAUUUCCUCGCGAGUUUCGGCAGCGAUACCGUGCCCCUGAAGGCAUUCCAGGACUGGUGGACGAAAUUCGAGAAGAAAGUCGAGUUAGACCCAAGUUUUCUUGAGAGGGAGGGUUGA